AUGGUCCCAAUCGCAAACUCCACGAUCCAUGUCCCCAAGGCGGACAGGAUCCAGAUAUUUGUGGUCGGACUCGGCAUGGUUGGCAUUGGUAAGUCGUACCAGCACCUCCUGUGCCCUAUCCGGUUCAAGGCCUCGAAAGUCGCCGAGUGACAGUGAAAUCUCGGUCGCAUAUCGGCAUCGGAUCAUGAGAUCCGAAGUGCUGGAGUGAAGAGGGCCCUGUACUGACUCUUUUGCACAACCUCCUUCACAGCCUUCAUUGAAAAGGUGCUCAAUCUCGAUCAAGACAAGCGCUACUUCAUCCGAACCUGUGGCGAGGAGAAGCACCUGGCCUACAACCGAGUCGGCCUGACCGAGUAUUUUCAACACCGCAACGUCGAAGAUCUGUACCUGAAUGACCCGAAAUGGUACGCGGAACAAGAACCCGAUCGAGUCGCCUUCCACGUUGGCGAACAAGCCACUUUGAUCGACUCAAAGUCCAAGACGGUCAGUACGUCCAAGGGUAACACCUUUUCGUACGACAUCCUCGUCCUCGCCACCGGCUCUGGAGCAGGUCUCCCACCCUACGUCUCGAUUGAGCAAGCCGAGAAGACGACCGGUGUGUUUGUCUACCGCAAUAUCGCCGACCUCGAGUCGAUCAUGGACUACGCCGAGUUGCCUCACAUCAGUCGGGCUUCGGUCGUCGGAGGUGGUUUACUCGGUCUCGAAGCCGCCAAGGCAGUGUACGAUAUGCCCGGUGUUCCCGACGUCUCCAUCUUGAUCCGCCAGAACUACCCCUUGAAUCGUCAGCUCGAUCCUUCUGCGGGCGAGUUGGUGCUGCGCAAGAUUGAAAACAUGGGGGUCAAAGUCCUGACACAGUGCGAACCCCAAGCGAUCACAACCCGGACCGACGGGAAUGGUCAAGAGGUUUUCACUGGUUUCACCACCAGUGACGGCGAGCACAUUGAGAGUGAUUUGACCAUCUUUGCGAUCGGAAUCAAGCCGCGGGACGACCUUGCCGCAGCGAGCGGGAUUCGGUGCGCACGAAGAGGGGGUAUAGACGUUGGUGACGACUUGAUGACCAGCGAGCAAGAUAUCUACGCUAUCGGUGAAUGCGCCAGCUGGAGAGGCAAUGUGAGUGAUAUUCUGGGUAGGUUUUUACUCGAACCAUGUGACUUGGUGCUGACAUCGCCUCCUGUUCGAAGACUUAUGGCCUGAUCGCCCCCGGAGUGGAGAUGGCCGACAUUCUGGCAUUUAACCUUGUAAGCUCCUUUCGGAGUCACUUGACCCUAGUUUUAGUUGCUCACCAUCAAAAUUCGGUUCAACAGACUCAAACAGCGGGCCAUGCGCCUCGAAAGAUGAACGAUCCCGAUCUCUCCACCAAGCUCAAGCUGAUGGGUGUCGACGUCGCUUCUUUCGGUGACUACUUUGCGGACGAGCGCAUGGUCAAGGACAUCGAGGCUGCCGAGAAGAAGCAGGUCGAGGAGGGUGUCGAAAUUGCUUCGAGCAAGCCUAGUCGACGAAAGAAAGGGCCUCGAGACACCAAAAACGAUCCCAUCAAAUGCUUGACCUACCACGAUCCCUUUUCGUCGACGUACAAGAAGUACAUUUUCACGGCCGAUGGCACUCAUCUCCUCGGCGGAAUCAUGAUUGGCGACGUCGCUUCCUUCACCAAAAUGGUUUCAAUCGUCAAGAAGAAGAAGAAGCUCGAUUGCCCCCCGUCCGAGUUCAUCAUGGGCGCCAAGAAGGAAGGCGAGGAUGAUGGCGCCGAUCUGGACGAUGAUGCGCAAAUCUGCUCCUGCCAUGUCAGUACCUGAGCUAUAUCAGCUAACCAGACAGCAUCCCAACUGAUGCAUUUCAUAUUUCAAUGUCACAAUACAGAACGUGCUCAAGGGUGCCAUCGGAGCUUGCAUCAAGGACGGGUGCACUGACUUUGCGACGCUGAAGUCCAAGACCAAGGUAGGCGCGGGCUGCGGUGGCUGCGUCCCACUGGCGACGAGCAUCUUCAAGGCCGAAAUGAAGAAAGCCGGUCACGCGACCAACAACGACCUCUGCACCCACUUCAAGAUGAGCCGUACCGAUCUUUUCCAAGUGGUCAAGAUCAAGCAGUUGCGCGACUUUGCAACCAUCGUCGCAACGGUCGGCGCGGGCAAGGAUCGCCAGGGGUGCGAGAUUUGCAAGCCCGCCGUCGCUUCGAUCCUGUCCUCGCUCUAUAACGAACACGUCAUGCUACCCCAACAUCAUGGUCUUCAGGAUACCAACGAUCGUUUUUUGGCCAACAUCCAACGCAACGGUACCUUCUCCGUGGUGCCGCGCAUGGCCGGUGGUGAAGUGACGCCCGAGAAGUUGAUCGCCUUGGGUGAGGUUGCCAAGGAAUAUGGACUGUACACCAAGAUCACCGGUGGCCAGCGUAUCGACCUCUUCGGUGCACAGAAGCGCGACCUGCCCGACAUCUGGGAGAAGCUGAUCGCCGCUGGGUUUGAGUCGGGUCACGCCUACGGUAAAUCGUUGCGAACGGUCAAGUCGUGUGUGGGAACCACCUGGUGUCGCUAUGGUGUCGGGGAUUCGGUCGGACUUGCGAUCGACCUUGAGAACCGCUACCGAGGUGUUCGAUCGCCCCACAAGUUCAAGGGAGGAGUCAGUGGAUGUGUACGAGAGUGCGCCGAGGCCCAGUCAAAGGACUUUGGCCUCAUCGCAACCGACAAAGGAUGGAAUGGUGAGUUCCCCGAUCCGAAGACUUGUCCUGAUGAUCUAUUCGAAUUACUAAGACCUGUCUCACCAAAAUAUGCAGUCUUUAUCGGUGGGAAUGGUGGAGCUAAUCCUCGCCAUGCCCAUCUGUUCGCCAAGGAUGUCCCGCCGACCAAGGUCGUUCGCAUCAUUGAUCGCUUCCUCAUGUUCUACAUCCGUACCGCCGAUCGUUUGGUGCGCACGGCACCCUGGGUCGAAAACUUUGAUGGCGGUAUCGAAAAGCUUAAGAAGAUUCUCCUCGACGAUGAGCUUGGCAUCUGCGGUGACUUGGACCGAGAGAUGGACGCGCUUAUCGGCACUUACAAGGACGAAUGGGCUGCGGCUAUCACCGAUCCCGAACUGCGCAAGUCCUUCAAGCAAUUCGCCAACACCGACGAGAGGCGCGUCGGGAUUGAGCCGAUCACCGAGCGUGGUCAGAACCGACCCGCCGACUGGCCCAAGAACUUCCCCGCCAAGCGAUUCGAGGACGACGAGGUGCCGACCCCUCGCUCGGACUGGGAGUGGGUCAAUCUUGCUACCACGCAGGAUCUUAUGCCCACAGAGGCCAACACAACGUGAGUGGUUGUACCUACGCUUCCACUUCGGUAGCCGAAAUUUACAUGAAUGCGAUGUCUGAACCGAUUCUCGGCCUCGGCUUUGUGACCCCGAACAGGAGCGCCGCGGUUCGAUAUGGGCAAGACACCCAGCUCGCCAUUUUCCACGUUCCCAAACGUGGCUAUUUCGCCACACAGCAAAUGUGCCCUCACAAGCGUGCUUUCGUACUCGAACACGGUAUCAUCGGAGAUGGUGAGUGGAUUUAGUGCUUGUUGUGCAUAUGGCGAAUAUUGGCUGACGGAAACUCUUCAUCCGACGCUAGACGCCAAUGGCAACCUUUACGUGUCGUGCCCGCUGCACAAGCGCAACUUCCGCCUCGACACGGGAGAAUGCACAAACGACGAAGAAUACAAGGUGCUCGCGUUCGAGGUCAAGAACGAAGGCGAGGACCUAUUCGUCAAAUUGCCCCCCGCCGAGGAGCUCGACGCGCUGAUCGGCUCGACCAAAUGGAUGGUCCGCAAGGCGACGGCCGAGGCGCUGGGACGGAACUCGGCUACGGCGAUCGAAAUUGUGGGACCUUCAGGAGAGUUGGAUGAGGAAAGAUUAGCGGCUAGUAAUGACUGUGCGACCAAGCACGAGAACGGUAGUGGAUGUGGCUCGAACAAGUUGGAGUGGUGA